CUACGCUGAUUUUUGGCUUUGGCUAUGGUGUUGAGAGCUUCAAUCAACAACGGGUACGAAGUGGCGCUGUCGAACUCUGGGCACGGGCGUGUGAUACGUCAGAAUCAACUUCGCAGGGGCGGUUCAGGGCGCUCACCGCCCGGCCCGCGUACCACUCCUUGCGCAAUGCCACGGUGCCCUCUCUGACCACUCUCCACCAUAAACCUGGCCUCAAUUGCGCUGCCAAAAAGAUACCCCGGAAGCUUUUGUUCUCUACAGCUACUUGACUACGCGCCUUUCCUUCUAUAACCAUGAGCCUUCAGGUCCCGUUCAGGAACAGGGGAGGCCACCCGCCCUCCACCAAGGCUGUCAUUCUGGUUGGCGGCCCGUCCAGAGGCACGCGCUUCAGGCCAUUGUCGCUCGACGUCCCCAAGCCCCUCUUUGACGUCGCCGGCCACCCCAUCAUAGAACACUGCUUCCGCGCCAUUACCAAGGUCCCCGAGAUCAAGGAGGUCUUCAUCGUCGGCUACUACGACGAGUCCGUCUUCCGCGACUUCAUCAAGGAGACCGCCAACACCUUCCCGCACAUCAAGCUGCACUACCUGCGCGAGUACCAGGCUCUGGGUACGGCUGGCGGUCUCUACCACUUCCGUGAUGCCAUUCUCAAGGGCCACCCGGACCGCUUCUUCGUCCUCAAUGCCGAUGUCUGCUGCUCAUUCCCGCUGAAUGAGAUGCUGAAGCUGUUUGAGGAGAAGGACGCGGAGGCCGUCAUCCUUGGUACGAGAGUCGGCCAGGACGCGGCAACAAACUUUGGAUGCAUUGUCUCGGAUGCGCACACUAAGCGGGUGCUGCACUACGUCGAGAAGCCCGAAGGCCACAUCUCCAACCUGAUCAACUGCGGUGUCUACCUCUUCUCCACCGAAGCCAUCUUCCCCUCCAUCCGCUCCGCAAUCAAGCGCCGCACCGAGCGCCCGCGCCUUCUCUCGUAUCCUUCGUCGGAAAACCUCGAGUCGUCAUACAUUCAGCAGGAGGAUGAGGAGGAUGAGGGCGAGACGCAGGUGAUCAGGCUGGAGCAGGACAUCCUGUCCGAUCUGGCAGACACCAGGUCAUUCUUCGUCCUCGAGACGAAGGACUUCUGGCGGCAGAUCAAGACGGCCGGCUCCGCGGUCCCGGCCAACGCGCUGUACCUGCAGAAGGCCUGGCAAUCCGGCUCCGAAGAGCUCGCCCAGCCCUCCGCCAACAUCAUCCCCCCUGUCUUCAUCCACCCGUCUGCGCACGUCGACCCUACGGCCAAGCUGGGCCCCAACGUCUCCGUUGGCCCCCGCGCGCACAUUGGUGCCGGCGCCCGCAUCAAGGAGUCUAUCGUCCUCGAGGACGCCGUCGUCAAGCACGACGCUUGCGUGCUUUACACGAUUGUUGGGUGGAGCAGCAAGGUUGGCGCAUGGGCGCGCGUGGAGGGUACGCCUCUGCCGCACACGAGCCACAGCACUAGCAUUGUCAAGAACGGCGUCAAGGUCCAGAGCAUCACGAUCUUGGCGAAGGAGUGCGCCGUUGGAGAUGAAGUCCGCGUGCAGAACUGCGUCUGCCUGCCAAACAAGGAGUUGAAGAAGGACGUCGCUAAUGAGGUUAUCAUGUGAGGUGCGAUACGCAAGGAAGGAGGCACAGGCAAUAUGGAGGCUCGAAAAGCAGUCAUGUCACGGCUUCUGGCGUGUUAAAGCAGAUGGUUCCAGCUCGUUGAGUUUUGAGUACGGCAUCAUGAAUUACACUAAUUAAUGCCUGACUCGAGACCAAUUUACAGUUUUCUAAGGC